ACUCUACGCAUCUCCGCCAUUUUUAGCGUAGCUGCUGCUGAAAAUUUUCGCAAAGAAAAAAGUUGUGUAUACAUAAGUAGAAUGUAAUUUUUUGUGCGAAGAAUACACUGAUACGGUGAAAAGAAAAGCAAUUAACAAGUUAAUUGUCGCUAAGCGAGAUAACCAGAGCUAGUGCGAGUAAAAGAGCCGCGCGCCGGUGGCUGCUCCGGCUAGAACAGACAACUGCUACGAAGCGCGUGUGCGAGAAAGUGGAAAAGUGCAGCAAACACUGAAGAGGAAUUAGGUCGACAUCAAAUUAGACUCAGCUCGUGGCAACCAUGGCCGAUGUGGUCUUGGACUUGUACGCCGAAGACCUGGACAAGGACUUUGCCGGCCAGUCUCAGGACGAAUUCGGAGGCGACGGCGUUGAUCUCUAUGAUGACAUUGGCGGACCCACCGAGGCGGCUGCCUCUGGUGGCGGGGGCGGCGGCACCCCCUCGGUGGAUGGUGCUGCCGGACCAGGCUCGGGAGACUCUGCGUCCAGCGGAGGUGGCGGUCCCAAUGGAGUGUACCAUCAGGGCGGUGGUAGCUUAACUCCAACCAUGAACCGUCGCUACCAGCUAUACGUGGGGAAUCUCACAUGGUGGACAACGGACCAGGACAUCUCCAAUGCACUGCGGGACAUUGGCGUCAACGACUUGCAGGAGGUGAAGUUCUUUGAGAAUCGUGCAAAUGGACAGUCCAAGGGUUUCAGCGUCAUAUCGCUGGGCACGGAAUCCAGCUUGAGAGCCGUUUUGGAUCAACUGCCAAAGAAGGAGAUGCACGGUCAGGCCCCGGUGGUCACGUAUCCCAGCAAGCAAGCGCUCACGCAAUUCGAGAGUCUGCAGAAAACAAGACCAGUGCCGCCGCCGCAGCAGAAUGGUCCGCCACGCGGUCCAGCGCCGCCCAACAUGGGUGGUGGCCCAAUGCCGCCACAUCCAGGUGGGCCACAAGGCGGUCCGCCCGGUCAUCCGCCACGCGGCAUGAAUCCCAUAAUGGCGCCGGGCCAGUACCGACCGCAGCAUAUGUCGCAAGUCCCGCAAGUGGGACCCAAUAACGGACCUCCGCGAAUGCAGCCGCCAAUGCAUCCGCAGGGCGGUCUCAUGGGCAACCAACAGCCGCCACCCAGAUAUCCGCAAGCACAGGGCCAAUGGCCAGGUCAGAGGCCGGGCGGGCCGCGACCAGGUCCACCAAACGGACCACCGCAACGACCAAUGUUCCAGGGACCCAUGGGUAUGCCUGUGCGGGGUCCGCCAGGUCCCGACUGGCGGCGUCCGCCCAUGCACGGCGGCUUCCCGCCUCAGGGUCCGCCGCGUGGUCUUCCCCAAGCGCCGGGCCCAGGCGGACCGCAUGGCGCACCCGCACCACAUGUGAAUCCAGCUUUCUUCAACCAGCCCGGCGGUCCAAAUCAGCAUCCGGGCAUGGGCGGACCACCGCACGGCGGACCAGGUGGGCCACAGCCAGGCAUGAACAUGCCACCGCAACAGGGCAUGAAUAUGCCACCGCAGCACGGUCCACCGCCGCAGUUUGCGCAGCAUGGACCACGCGGUCCAUGGCCACCACCGCAGGGCAAGCCGCCAGGACCGUUCCCCGAUCCACAAAUGGGCCCACAGCUAACGGAGGCUGAGUUCGAGGAGGUGAUGAGCAGAAAUCGCACGGUCAGCAGUUCAGCAAUUGCCAGAGCUGUGUCGGAUGCCGCAGCCGGCGAAUACUCCAGCGCCAUUGAGACACUGGUCACAGCCAUUUCGCUGAUUAAACAAUCAAAAGUGGCACACGAUGAGCGUUGCAAGAUACUGAUCAGCUCACUGCAGGACACACUGCACGGCAUCGAGGCGAAGAGCUAUAAUCGACGCGAACGUUCGCGCUCCAGGGAGCGUUCCCAUCGCAGCAGGCAGAGGCGUGAACGCUCAUCCUCGCGGUAUCGCGAACGGUCACGCGAAAGGGAGCGUGAUCGCGAUCGCGAGCGUGAACGGGAUGGCGGCAGCUAUCGCGAGCGGUCGCGCAGUAGAGAACGUGAACGUCAGGCUCAAGAUCACUACAGGGAUGAAAGCAGCAGUCGCUCGGCACGUCCAAGGAAGUCGCCCGAGCCCGUUGUGGCGGAAGCAGCUGAGGCGCCGUCAUCGAAACGCUACUAUGAGGAUCGGGAACGGUAUCGCUCAUCGGAUAGGGAGCGUCGUGAUCGCGAUCGGGAUCGUGAUCGUGAGAGGGAGCGUGAUCGCGACAGGCGGGAGGAGCAUCGGUCCAGGCAUUGAUUGCUGGAGGAACAGCAGCCACGCAAGCAAAAC